UGUGUUGCAGUAUAUUUUCUUUUUCUUUUUUGAAAAAAAUUAGGUUUUACAACGUCGUAUCGAGAAUCGAUUUUUAGAUUUAUAUACCGAUCCAAAGUGUUCCACUCAUCCAAUUGGUAGAAUCGAAGUUUUAUACUUAUCAAGUUUACCUAUUGAAAAAGAUUUAUUAAACGGAAAGCGUAAAGUUGUAGAUGAAGAUGAAGAUUAUCCUAUACCAGAUGUUUAUAGUGAACAAGAGGAUUCAGAUCAUGUUGAAGAAAGUGAUGACGAUCAGAUAGCUGAGUGUGAAAUAGUUGGACAUAGUCGUCAAAAAAAGCUUGUUAAAGCUAUGUCUGUUGGUCAAAAGCAAAUUAAGCAAAAAUUAAUUGGUUUACUGAAAAAAUUAAAAAUUAGUGAUCCUAAUGAGGUUGAUUUAGAUGUGGCUACAACAUCGAAAUUAUGGGAUGAAAUUGAUCGUAUAGCGACAGCUAGUGAUAUCGAAGAGGAUUCAGAUGCGGAAAGUUAUAAUUUAGUCUCGAUUCAGAGUACACCACGACCAACACUUCGACCUUUUUUCGCUACAGCCGGUAGCUCUGAUGAUACAUUGAGUGCCGAUGCUGGAGCGAAAUUGUUGAAACGCCUACAAAGAGAGUUACUUGCCCAAAGUGAAACUGAUACAUCACCGGAUACUGUACAUCUACGAUCUAUGCUAGCUUCAGUUGGUAAAUCGGUAAGCUUUCAAAACCCAUUCGGGAAAUCUUCUGGAAAGUCCGAUUUAUUACCUUUAGAGAGAUUUUCCGCACUACCAGGUUCACCUACGACAACAUUUACUGAUUCUGGACCUUUGCAUCCCACUGAUUCUUCACUCCUUCAACGAGGUGGUGGUCAUAUGAUGAGUUUAGCUGGUGGCCGUUUCGCCAAACGAUUUGCGCAUAUUCGACGACGAUCUAAUUCAAAGCAUAUUUUUGGAAUGCAUAGACCCAAUAAAUCUAACUACAACCAGGAAUCUGAAACGGUUAAUCAACGUGUAGAAAAUAUUACUAUGGAAAGUGAAUCGUCAGAUGAUCACUCUCCAACUGAUGGUGGAUUAGAUCCUUCUUGUUUAUCUUUAUCUCGUGGACAAGAUACAGUUUUUGAUUAUUCCGCUUUACAUAAUUCUUCGGGAGAUUUCUCUCAAGCAAUAAACCCUACACUUUGUUCUACUCCAGAAACUAAUCGUUCGUAUAUAUUAGGCGAUAGAGGAAUUUCCGAUGGGAAUAUUGCUUAUGAUGAAAAGAAAAUUCAUGAGAAAACACCAACCAAUUGUAGUACAGAUUUCUCAACUAGUGAAAAUAAAUCUUUAGAAGCAUCAGCAAAUUCUCUUGGUACUUCUACGGAAAUGAAUCCGUCAAAUUUAGAAAAACUAGCAAGUGUCACAUUUAUUGUUGGUAGUUUCGAAAAAUCUGGAAAAAUUGUAUUUAGUCUACUAUCUGAAUUAAAUCUACGUUUAUUUAACGUAAAUUCACUCAUUGAAAUGCGUACAAUUUUCACACGUUUGGCUAAUGAAGCACAAAGCUAUACACGACGUAUAUCCGAUGGUGAUUAUAUUAAAAUUUGUAUACUCGGUGGAAAUUUAUUAAUUAAUCUUGUCUUACGUGCUUAUGUUGAUCAAUUAAGUUGUAGAUCUACAGAAUUGAUAACUGCUUUUCGAUUUUUCAUUAUACCAAUUGAUGGAUUAACUAGAUUUAUUCAUCAUUCAUCAGCAUUACAACAUCAACGAAGUCGGAACAAUCUAAUGAAGACUAAUCAGAUAUCAGAAGUUGGCAGUCAACAACGGCAGCAGCAUACAAUGGAUACACCAAGUAACACUGGAUGUAAUCAAUCUAAUCUGAAUGAUUCAGAUUCUGAUCGUACUUCGCUACCAUCAAUUCAUGGAUCGAAUUACUUUAACAAUCUGUUUACGUUUCAUCUUUGUCAAAUUGAUCCAAUUUAUGGAAGCUUAUUUUCAGAAUUAUGCAAUGAGUCUGCUUCUGUCGAUGUUAAUUCUACGAUGAAUGAUUUAGAUUUGUUAGUGCUACGAUCUGAAUUGGUUAAUCGUAUUGUGAAAUAUUUAACAAAUGGUAGAAAUGUCCAUCCAUUUCCUAUUGGAUCAUGUCUUCUUGGCUCAUCAAAAAAUACUUCAACUAAUGUAAAUAAAAUGCAAAAAUCUCUAACUACAGAUUGUACUAAUGCGAUGUCAAAUUUAUCUUCAACCAAUAUAAAUAUUGCAAAUCAGUCAGGUCAAGGAAUAACAGACCAAAAUGCUAGUUAUUCAGAUGGGAUUUCUUGUUCAGGUAAUAAUAAUAUUCAGAAUGAAGAAAUGGUUAUUCCAUUCAUUUUAAAUGUUCGUCUAGGCAAUUGUUCAACAUUAAAUUAUCCUGGCUUAUUGACAACUGUUCCAACACAGACUAAAUCUCAACACCAACAGCAGACUAGUCGAUCGUUUACUGCCGAUCCAUCUUCUAAUUCAUUUAAUACAUCUACAGUAGUAACUAAUACAAGUACCGCUGACUUUGAUUUUAAAACACCGAGUGAUCCAGAACAAUCUUAUACUAAACGUAAUAUUAGUCCUGAAUUAGUUUCACAUAAUGCAACCAUAGCACCAAGAAUACGUCGAAAUUUUUCACUAUCAUUUCGUUCACAUAAAACACUACUUAAACGAAAAUCUUCAUGGAGAAAUGGAUCUUUUAGAACUAAUAACAACAGGAAUAGUGCUAGUAGUAGUAUUACUACUACCGCUACUAUACGUUUGUUUGAUAUUCUACCCGGAUCACAUUCUUCUGCUCAAAGAAGUGUUCAGUCACCAAUAUUCGGUUCCGAUCGACGCCUUUGGGAUAUUCAAAUAGAGUACUGGUCGAUACCUAGUCAGACUACAACAAUAAGUAGCAAUAGUCAAAUUACUUCAAUGUCAUCGUCGUUUUCAUCUGCGAAUUCUGUUUCAAAUAAUAUCAAUACUAACAGUGCUCUUUCUUGUCCUACAAGUCCACCAAGUACAACAUCGGAUCCUGUAUCACCACCGCGACGUUCUACUAUAAAAACUAUAUCGCCUGGUUUGGUCGUUACGAUAGAUUCGUCACCCAAUACAACCGGUUCUAUGUUAUCUUCGCCAUAUCGUAAUGGUGACAUAUUUAAUUAUGGUAUGGAAUCCCAUUCUAACAGUUUAGUUUGUUCACCAAUUCGUCAUGUACAAAUCAAUUUAAAUCAAACACAUACUCAACAUCUCGCUCUUGGAUUAUGGACAAAGGAAAAAAAACAAAAAAUUAUGCUUAUCGGUCGUAAAGGAAAAGGACUUAACUGUCGUUAUGAGUUGAUUACUGGUAUUCAACGUCUUUUAUGUACUGGACGUUGUUGUAAUUUGCAUAAUACCAGUUCAACUAAUAAUACUGAACGUUCAAAAGAUACAGAAUCCAGUCAUCAUCAUCAUUCUUCAUCAGCCGGUUUAAUAUCAGAUUCAAAUGUUCUAUGCUCUCCAGAUUAUAAAACUUCAAGUACAAUAUCUGCAUUAGGCUUAGCUUUGACUGGUGGUAAUGCUAGUAAUUGUGGUUUUUCAGGGUUUACUGUGAACAAUAAUCAUAUGAUGAGAGUUUGGAUAGAUGGUGUUGAAUGGACCGAUUUGAAAUUUUUCCAAAUCACUCCAGUUUGGCGUACACAUGUAAAAUGUUUUCCAGUUGUUCUAUUGAGUGCUAAUCAGGCGGAUACAGCAACUCUAGUCAAAUAAAAAUAAUCAUAAGGAUUAUUAUCAGUAUUAUUCGAACAAGUUCAGUGAGAUUUCUCUGGCGAAAAAAUAGAGAACUGAAUGUAUAGUCUGUGUAUUUGUAUCAUUUUCGCAUCUUCGGUUAUUCUGAACACCAAAUAAUAAACCUAAUCAUAACAGUGAAUAAUUGUAAUUGUAACAAUAACAAUGCAUUUAUCAGUGGUAUUAUUUUAUUCAUGUUUGUUUGUAUUUCAUUUCGCCAAAAUUUUGUUGUUGUUGUUGUUUUCAUAGUUACUUUGUCUUCCAGAUUAUGUUGUAUGAAUAAAUUUUUUGUUUGUCUAUUUAUAAGAUAUCCAUCCCUCUUAUAUAUUGUAGAUACAAGUGGUUUUUAGUUUCUGUCUAUUCAUUUUCACUACCUGAUAACAGUACUAUUUCAAAUAAAUUCUUUUAUCUAUACCUUUUAAACAUUUAUUUUAAAGUUUCGUUGAAACCCACUGUCUUAUUUUCUGUUCAUUUCAUCAUGAACUAUAAAUUAAUUUUCCUGUUUAAUGCCUGUUUUCUGUCAAUCCGAAUCAGAAUACUUGUGUUGUUUUUUAAAAAAAAUCUAACUUAAGAUGUUUAUACCACACCGUCAGGUAGUUUAUAUAUCCGUCCAAACGCUUCCGGUUUUUGUGUUGUGUUUAUUUAACUGUCUGCAUGUUCACUUUACUUUUUUUUGUUAAUUCUCUGGUUAAUCGCGAUUAUUUAUAGUUUUACACACAUUUUAUUUUGCUUUUAAGGGAACACUUCUAUCCUAUGAAUGUUUUUCUUCCAAAUAUAUAUAUAUAUAUAUAUAUAUAUAUAUAUAUAUAUAUAUAUAUAUAUAUAUAUCACAGAUAUAAGUAUACAUCGCUUCGUCUUUCAUAUUCUGCUUUAGAAAUUAUUGUCACUGCAAAUUACUAUGACAUUGAUCCAAUGUUUUAUUUGUCAAAUCAAAUCACUGAAUAAUUGUUCAUCAUAUUUUACAAGUUUCAAUUGUAUCAUGUACGUGUCAAAUAAAAUUAGUUUUU